ACUUGACACGAUAACCUAACAUCGUGCACAACUCUUUGUCGAGCAACUGUUACAUUUUAGACCGAAUUCAGACCAUGAUGGCCUGUGAAUUCUGCAAAAAGCGCAAGUUGAAAUGCGACAAGAAACUUCCUGUGUGUACGAGUUGCGUGAAGUAUGGUCGAGAAUGUAUUUUUCGCAACACUACAAGAGUGACGUUGAGCAAAGCACGGGAGCAACGAUUAGAGCAGAGAUUGGGUGUGUAUGCCUAUUCCCGAGAUUCAAAAGAACGGAGACUCUGAUUUGUACGUAGCUGAGAUCGAAGAUAUACUAUCUACGAAGACAAAAGGAGCCUCACCCUGUCGAGGGUUUCGUCAUGAUAUUUCGGAGGCUUUGGAAUUCGCACCGGCAGAAGAUUAUCUAGUCCAACUAGAGCACAUCUAUUUUGAUAAGGUCCAUCUGUCGAUACCUAUGAUGCAUCAAGAUCGAUAUUUCCGCAGUAUAAGUCUUGAAGACGAUGCUCGACCUCCAUUGUAUUUACGAUAUGCAAUCUGCGCAUUGACAGCCUCAAUGUACCCGAAAAUCGUGCCGGUAUCACAUGAGAUAUUCUACCAAGCCGCGCGAAAAUGCCUAGAGGAUGCUGAAAUCCGCGAUCAGUGCCUAAAUUCUAUUACCCUCGCACAGGCGCAGACUUGGGUAAUUGUUGGUACAUAUGAGUUGACGCGAAUGCAUUUCCACCGAUCUUAUAUGAGCAUUGGCCGGGCCAUUCGAAUAUCUCAAAUGAUGGGGCUGCAUCUUCCCGACGACGUAAGAUCUUCACGUGUCGAAAUAUUCCCACCGGCGAGCCUGGACUGGGUCGGGCGCGAAGAGCAGCGAAGAACAUUUUGGGUAAUAUUCUGCAUGGACCGGUUUGCGAGUGUCGGUCAUGACUGGCCAAUGAUAAUUGAUGAGCACGAUAUCUGUAUAACUCUGCCUGUCUCAGAGCACGCAUUUCAGACCUCUUCUGGGGCGUCAAGUAUAACGCUGACCGAGGCUUUGAUACAUCACGGCAGUGUAUCCUUGUCCUCCUUUUCUGCGACAGUGGUGAUGGCAGAUAUCUGCAGCCGGAAGCUUCGAGAAGCUCGCCGGUUCGGCCUUGAUACCAUUUCUGGAGUUUCAAGCGAUUUCUGGGGCAGAAAUAGGCAUCUGGAGACUACAUUAAAUGUUGAUUUCUGUGUGCCUAAUCACCUGAUUGUAUCUUCCUGGAACUGGGAUAUACGCCUUGUGUUUAUCAAUAUCAUUGUUCCUAGUUCGACGAUUUGUGUGCAUCAAGCAGCGGAGAUACAUGCCGAAAAAUAUGGGGUUGCGAAGGAAUUGCUGUUGGAGAGUAAGAAGAGGCGGGUUGAAGCAGCUGAGAAGAUUAUUACAAUCUUAAAAGCAGUCUCUCAGAGCGAUCUUCUGCUGAUCCACCCUCUCGUUGCAUGGUGUGUUUAUGUUGCAGCAGCAGUGUAUGCAAAAGCACUUGAGUCCCAGCCAUGUCAAGCUCAAGAAAAGUCACUGGAGUUCCUACUUGUAACAUUAUUUCGUCUAAAAGCCGUGAAUCCGCUCCCAGAAACAUUUCUCGAGGAUUUGACUGUUGAGUUUUGUAAUAUAAAGGACAAAAUCUUCGCACUACAGUCAGAUUCUCAGUUAACGAACAUCUCAGCCAGCAGUACCCAAGGACAUUUACCCAGCUACGACUUGGAAAGGGAGUUGGUCUCUCGCACGCAAUCUGACGACAUAACAGCACCUUACUUUUAUGACUUCGGUACCAAUCUCGAGUUAUUGGACGUUUUGGAAAACGACGUGUCUGUCCGUGAAAAUGAACCCCUGGGCUUUUAAUGUACUUGAGUAUGAGGGUGUUUGCUGAGCGCCAGUUGCACGGAUAUGAUAAAAAA